AUCGCAUCCCUUCUUCCUCUUUCCACCGGUGCUCCAUAGCGUCGUGUGGACUUGCGGUUUCAGUGCGUCGCAGGCGUGUGCAUCACGGGAUGUAACGACUACCUCUCGGAAUCUCAUUCAAACACAUUUUUUUAGUACCCAGCUUGGCAGCGGAAACCUAGGAGUUUACACCAGCACGGAGCGGAAGGGGAUACGGUAGUUUUGGCUGGAGGGGGACUCUAGCAAACCUACUGACGCCGCACGCAGAAAUGGCGGAGCACCACGCAGUCAGCGACGGCAAGCACAAAGCUUCCGCUAAUGCCGGCGGUUCGGUGCACGGGAACAGUCGAGCCGGCGCCGCGGCUGCUGCGGGCGGGAAAGGAGGCCUGUCGGGCGGACUGACACAGCCGGCGGGGUGGCAGUCGCUACUCUCCUUUAGCAUUCUCUUUCUGGCCUGUCUGGCCGGAUUCAGCUCCAGACUUUUCGCCGUUAUUCGUUUUGAGAGCAUCAUCCACGAGUUCGACCCGUGGUUCAACUACAGAUCAACACAUCAUCUCACAACCAAGGGUUUCUAUGAGUUUCUUAACUGGUUUGAUGAAAGAGCAUGGUACCCCUUGGGAAGGAUUGUUGGUGGCACAGUAUACCCAGGAUUAAUGGUGACUGCGGGACUCAUCCACUACGUGCUCAACUUUCUUCACAUCACGGUCCACAUUCGAGACGUGUGCGUAUUUCUGGCGCCGGUGUUCAGCGGCCUCACGGCCAUCUCCACGUUCUUGCUGACGCGGGAGUUAUGGAACCAGGGCGCCGGGCUGCUGGCGGCCUGCUUCAUCGCCAUCGUCCCUGGUUACAUCUCCCGCUCCGUCGCUGGCUCUUUUGACAAUGAGGGGAUUGCCAUCUUUGCCCUGCAGUUCACCUACUAUCUUUGGGUGAAGUCUGUGAAGACUGGAUCUGUGUUUUGGACUAUUGGCUGUUGUCUCUGCUAUUUUUAUAUGGUAUCUGCAUGGGGAGGAUAUGUGUUUAUAAUCAACCUAAUUCCGCUCCAUGUGUUUGUCUUGCUGCUGAUGCAACGCUACAGCCGAAGAGUCUACAUUGCUUACAGCACGUUCUACAUUGUCGGUCUUGUACUAUCCAUGCAGAUCCCUUUUGUCGGGUUCCAGCCAAUCAGGACCAGUGAGCAUAUGGCUGCUGCUGGUGUGUUUGCACUUCUACAAGCGUACGCCUUCCUGCAGUACUUGCGAGACAGACUGACCAGACAAGAAUUCCAGACACUUUUCUUCCUUGGUGUUUCUCUCGCUGCUGGUGUGGUCUUCCUCACGGUUAUAUAUCUCACAUACACAGGAUACAUUGCUCCUUGGAGCGGGCGUUUCUACUCUCUAUGGGACACUGGCUAUGCCAAGAUCCACAUCCCCAUCAUCGCGUCUGUGUCAGAGCACCAGCCGACAACGUGGGUCUCCUUCUUCUUCGACCUUCACAUCCUGGUGUGCACGUUCCCAGCCGGCCUCUGGUUCUGCAUCAAGAACAUAAAUGACGAAAGAGUGUUUGUGGCCCUGUACGCCAUCAGCGCCGUGUAUUUUGCCGGCGUGAUGGUGCGUCUAAUGUUGACACUUACUCCGGUGGUGUGCAUGCUGUCAGCCGUGGCUUUCUCCAGCGUAUUUGAACACUACAUGGGAGAUGACACCAAGCGGGAGAAACCGCCCGCUGAAGACAGCAGUGAUGAGGACGACAAGAGGAAUUCUGGGAAUCUCUAUGAUAAGGCUGGCAAAGUGCGAAAGCAUGUGUCCGAGCAAGAAAAAGCAGAAGAAGGUUUGGGUCCAAACAUCAAGUCCAUCGUCACCAUGCUCAUGUUGAUGCUGCUGAUGAUGUUUGCCGUCCACUGCACCUGGGUCACCAGCAAUGCGUAUUCAAGCCCCAGUGUGGUGCUUGCAUCAUACAACCAUGACGGGUCACGAAACAUUCUUGAUGACUUCCGGGAGGCCUAUUACUGGUUGAGGCAGAAUACAGACGAGCACGCACGUGUCAUGUCAUGGUGGGACUACGGCUAUCAAAUUGCAGGGAUGGCCAACAGGACGACACUCGUCGAUAAUAACACGUGGAACAACAGCCAUAUAGCGCUGGUGGGAAAAGCCAUGUCUUCCAAUGAGAGUGCAGCCUACAAAAUCAUGAGGUCUCUGGACGUAGACUACGUGCUGAUUAUUUUCGGCGGCGUCAUAGGCUACUCGGGCGACGACAUCAACAAGUUUUUGUGGAUGGUGAGGAUAGCGGAGGGGGAGCACCCGAAGGACAUAAGGGAGAGUGACUACUUCACCCCUCAGGGAGAGUUCAGAGUGGACAAGGCGGGUUCACCCACUCUGCUCAACUGCCUCAUGUACAAGAUGUCCUACUAUCGAUUUGGUGAAAUGCAGCUGGACUUCCGGACGCCGCCGGGCUUCGACCGGACGCGCAACGCCGAAAUUGGGAACAAGGAUAUCAAAUUCAAGCACUUGGAGGAGGCCUUCACUUCGGAGCACUGGCUGGUCAGGAUUUACAAGGUCAAGAAUCUCGGCAAUAGGGAGCCGCUGGACCGCAAGCUUCGCAGCAUCGUGCCCAAACAGAAGUACACCUCCAAAAAGACGGCCAAGAGGAAGCGAGGCUACGUCAAGAACAAGCUGCUCCUGAAAAAAGGCAAGAAAGUGCAAAAAAAGUAACCCCGACGAACUCUCCUAGGAAAAAAAACAAACCAAUGCGAAGAAACCUCUGACAAACAAUGAAGAAGAGCACCGGGGUGUGGAUUUCUGUGGCACUUGGGCUCAAGCGUUUCUCAUUAAGAGCACCCCCGUGUGGCGAGGAAGGUGAUGUGUCGGGAAAACCUUGUCCAUUUUAUCUUUUGGGGAAAGGGGGGGACAUUUUGUCUGGCUUCUUUUCUCCACUUUUUUUUGAUUUUGCUGUUAAUUUUUUGUACUUGAAUGUGUGGCGAGGCGUCACGCUGCUCUGCUGGUGUGUGUCGAUUAAAACUUGUGCUACACGAACGAUGUGAUUAUGGGUGCGCGGGGGUAGAGGGUUUAGCAUGGGAGUGUUUUUGCACCAAAGAGCCAUUGAUGUGACCUUGCUCCGCCGCACAUGAGAACUCCUGAAAGCGAGCAAGCAUUCAGGCCUCGUUCCUGACACGUGUACACGAGAACGUAUACGGUAUGGAGGGACAUCACGCACCUGUUUGAAUUCACUUUCACAAUCAUAAGCUGUUUUAUUUUUCAUUCUUUCAGUCCCCCCGGCUCGCUCACGCUUCCUUUUCUAAUCAUUUCGAAACCAAUUGGCCUAAUAUGUAACGGUUAUGUAAAGAUAAUGACAAAGGAGUAUAAUAUAUUGGAGUUUUUGUGGUGAUUUUCUUUUUGAAUAUGCAGUUUUUUCCUCAAUUUAUCGAUGAGUUUUUUUUUUUUUUGUAUGACAGCAAAUAGAUCAGUGAAUGCAAUAAUUCUUGUACAGAGGGCCUUGAGAUUUUGUUGACGGAUGGAAUGAAUGUGAAUUUUUACGACGCUGCCCAUCCGUCCCCUCUCGGAAAUAGCGUAGAUUGUAAAUUUCGGCUGCUCGGGCUUCGAAAACGGAAGCCGCAAUGUCUACAGUAGUGAUGUUAAAUUAGGCCUCGCUUCCCCUAGAGGGAGCUCUAGUCGAGCGUGCCUCUCGUUUGCCGUCUUCCGUCGUUAGCUCGUCGUUUAGCUUCGCAACUCGCGGAGGCCUCGCCCAACGGAAAUGAAAAAAAAAAAAACUACAGAUGAGGGGAAUAUUUUUUGGGGAUGAUUUUAUCGUAUGAUUUUUGCCUUGCUCGCCCCUCUCGUAGGGAAACACACAUCAUCACCUUUUUUUGGACUUUAGAGCCGUGUCCUAUCGCCAACUCAUUUGUGUUGCUGUUUAGGGCCACGCUAUGACGAAAAGGAAGUCACGAGAUGGAAAUAUUACAAGAAUUAAGUUGCGAUUUAGCACUGAAAAGACAUUUAUAUACAGAUAAAUCAUGUGCAUUUUUGUAUUAAGGAAAUUUGCUAACUUUUAUUAGAUGUUCGGCUCAAUAAAUUACGCAGCUUCGUUUAGACAAGUGGUUUUGCGCCUCCGUGCAGUUGGCCCCCCAUCAGAUGCAAAUUUAUAUUAAAAUGUCAAUCGUUUGUGCUUGUUUGUGCUGUAAAAAGUGUGGUUUUAGAGAUUUACAAUUCUUUUAUAGGUCAAUCUGAGGUCAACUAGUCCCCCCUUUUGAUUAAAAAUGGUGUCAAUCGUUUGUGCUUCAAUGGUUUUGUAGAUAUAUUGUUUUUUAAUUGUAGUGGUGACAUCACACAGUCGCCCAUUUACUGCAAAAUGGACCUGAAGUGGUGCCAUUCGUCUGUGCUGGAAAAAAACUGCUAUGUCUACAUAGAUAUUGAAAUAUUAAUUUUGAGUGAUGACGUCACUCGCAGCCUUUCUGUAUCCUAACUCUCGUGGCUGACGGAGCGUACCAACUCUCUCAAUAAUAGCGGUGUCCCAAGAACUAGCGCAAACGAAUAGCACCUCUUUAAGGGGUCCAUUUUGCAGUAAAUGGGGGCCUUGAGAUAUUAAUGUCGAGUGAUGACGUUUGUCCUGAAAAAAUUUUCAUUCAUGCAGCUAUCGCUUUUAGGAUAUUUAUGUUAUAUUAUGUUUAUGCUACGUUUGUGCUAGUUGUUGGGGCACCCCUCUGUUAUGGAGAGAGUUUGUAUGGGCCAUCAGCCUUGGGAGUUGGGAUACAGAAGAUCUGCGAGUGACGUCAUCACUCGAAAUUAAUAUAUCAAUAUUUUUAAAACGAUAGUAGCACAAACAAAGGGCACCUCUUCGGGUCCAUUUUGCAGUAAAUGAGGGGGCUGCGAGUGACGUCAUCCCUCAAAAUUAGUAUCUCAAGCUCCCCAUUUACUGCAAAAUGACCCAAAGAGGUGCAAUUCGUUUGCGCUAGAAGUUAGGACAACCCUACGUUAUUGAGAGAGUUGGUACGCUCCGUCAGCCACGACGGGAGUUAGGAUACAGAUCUGUGAGUGACGUCAUCCAUUGGAAUUAAUAUCACAAUAUCUAUGAAACGAUAACAGCACAAAUGAAAAUUUUUACAGCACAAACGUAGCACCUCUUCGGGUCCAUUUUGCAGUAAAUGACGGGCUGCAAGUGACAUCUUCACUCGAAAUGAUCUCAAGCCCCCCUGAUUUACUGCAAAGUGGACCCGAAGUGCUGCCAUUAAUUUGUGCUAGUUGUCUGGACACCCUCUUUUUAUGAAGAGAGUUGGUAUGCUCCACCUUGGGAGUUGGGAUAUGGAAGAUUUGUGAGUGAUGUCACUCGAAAUUAAUAUCUCAAUAUCUUUAAAACAAUAAUAGCGCAAAUGAAGGGCACCUCUUCAGGUCCAUUUUGCAGUAAAUGGGGGGCCUGUGAGUGACAUCAUCACUCGAAAUUAUUAUCUCAAGCCCCCCAUUUACUGCAAAGUCGACCCGAAGUGGUGCCAUUGGUUUGUGCUAGUGGUGACACCCCUCUGUUAUGGAACGAGUUGGUAUGCUCUGCCAGCAGCGGGAGUUGGGUUACGGAAGAGCUGCGAGCGACAUCAUUGCUCGAAAUUAAUAUCUCAAUAUCUGUAAAACGAUAGGAGCGCAAACGAGUGGCACCUCUUCAGGUCCAUUUUGCAGUAAAUGGGGGGGCUUCAAGUGAUGUCAUCACUUGAAUUUAUUAUCCCAAGCUUAUUUACUUCAAAAUGGACCAAAAUUGGUGCCUUUCGUUUGUGCUACGUUUGUGCUAGUUGUUGCGACGCCCCUCUGUUAUGGAGCGAGUUGGUACGCCCUGCCAGCCGCAGGAGUUAGGAUAUGGAAGGGCUGUAAGUGACGUCAUCACUCGAAAUGAACAUCUCAAUAUCUUUAAAGUAAUAGCACCACAAAUGAAAAAUUUUCCAGCACAAACAAAUGGCACCAUUGCAGUUCCGUUCCGCCGUCGAUAGGUGGCUGUGUGACAUCAUCACUACAAAUCAAAACAUAACCCUUGCAGCACAAACGAACCAUUUUGAAUCAAAAUUUUGAGCUUUUUGACCUCAGAUUUACCCAUAAAAGGAUUGUAAAUAACUCAAAAACAACAACAGAAACGAUUGGUAUCAUUUUUAUAUAAAUUUGCAUCUGAUAAGGGGCCAAAUUCACGGUCUUUGCUGCUGUGACUUAAGUCAUAAAGUGUGUAAAGCUAGUAAAGAGGCACCAAUUAGUUGUCAAUUUUCACUAAUAGCUGAUGUUCACUAUAUAUAGGAUAAGUUGUCCUUAUAACUGUUGUAAUAUGACAAAAAACAGUGUAAAGAUCAUUAGAAUCAGGCCAAACAAACGUCUCCAUAACUCAAUUCUAACAUUUUGACACUUCUUUUUGCAGUAGUGCGACUUCAUUCUUGUAAUGAACUGAUCUGAUUCUCGAUUUCCAAUGCUUGUCAGUCGCAAUUCUUUUUCUACAACUAAAUGUUUGCAUUUUUUUUUCUUAGCAGUGUGGCCCUUACUAGUUAAUUCCUUGCUGUUAACAUGAACUAAUUUGAGUCAUCUCCAAGCAGGGAUUGACACAAGUAUCACAUCGAUGUCUUAAAUCGCAUUUUGAUUGAUUCAUUUUUUCGUUUACUGUGAUGGAAAAUACAAAGAGCAACCAAAAAAAAGUUUGAAAAUAAAAUUACAAGUUGAAGGGGUGUUCCGUGGCUAUUCUUUGAUUUUCUAUCAUUUGACUGUCAAAAGGCCAACGUUGCUACAUGGACGCAGCUCCGAUCGACAGUCAACUUCUGCUUUUUUUUUGUUUUUAGGAAGGCACUGAACUGUUAUUUUUGUGGCCAUGUGUGAACGCAAAGGAGAUUUAGAAAAAAAUGCACGCCUCGAAACUGUUUUUUCGCAUCCAACGCAUCUCUAGACGUGAUCGUCGUGUCACAUCUGCGCAACCGCUGUUUUGGUUCCCCUAUGCUCUUCUUUUUUAGGCUCUCAGACCAUCAGCAAGGCUUCCUCUCUACAGUUUUGCUUUCAAGAGGAGAUUACAGACAAAGCCUUAAUGUGGUGUGAAGUUACUUAACAUUAUAUGUUCCAUUUUUUGCUUUAGGUUAUUGACAAUAAAACUUCACUCACUACUGCUUUUUUUUUUUGUCUCGGUGCCCUUUGUUUCUGGCACUUUUUUGGAUAUUUUUUGUCACGGGUGUUUUGUUGACGCAGUCCUCCUCGGCUCUUCUUCACAUUUGGCAUUUACACUGUUGCUCUGUUUGUUCAGUCAUCUUUAAAUAUACACUUAAAUUAAAUCAUCUG